UGUAGCUGUAGUUAGAAAUAUAACCCGCUGAACAGACUGAGCUCAGGAGCCGAGGAGAGAUUUACUACCUUUAAAUUGGCACCGAGAGGGGACAAACACCUUUGACAAGACAUUGAUGUCAUUUUGUGGAACCCAAAACGGCGGCCGCCGUAGUAAAUGGGACCAACCCGGUCCCGGCUCAGGCUCCGGGGGGAUGGGGGAGGCAGAGGCUGCGCCCACUGGGGCUCUGGAUGCUGCAGCGGCCGUGGCUGCCAAGAUUAAUGCCAUGCUGGUGGCCAAGGGCAAACUCAAACCCUCACAGAUAGGCACACCAGGACCUCCUGAUAAGGUUGUGGGUGUCGGAAAGCCUCCAGUUCCAGCAAAAGCUAAAGACGACCUGGUGGUAGCUGAAGUUGAGAUCAAUGAUGUGCCAAUCACCUGCCGAAAUCUCCUGACACGUGGCCAAACACAGGAUGAGAUCAGUAAAGUGAGUGGUGCGGCAGUUUCAACCAGAGGGCGUUACAUGACAGCAGAGGAGAAGGGCAAAGCAUUACCGGGAGACCGACCUCUGUAUCUUCAUGUCCAAGGACAGACGAGAGAGCUUGUCGACAGGGCAGUAAAUAGAAUCAAAGAGAUCAUCACGAACGGUGUGGUGAAGGCUGCAACUGCCUCAUCAUCUUCUUCAUCCUUUUCCCCCAGUGGAGCUUCAGUAACAGUUUACCAGCAACACAACCCGCCUCCGACCUCACUGCCCCCCAUGACUCACCACAAACCACACUUUCAGUCUGGGAUGCAUUAUGUUCAGGAUAAAGUCUUUGUGGGUCUGGAACACGCUAUCCCAGGGUUUGUGGUCAAAGAGAGAGUUGAAGGCCCUGGUUGUUCAUACCUGCAGCACAUUCAGGCCGAGACAGGAGCCAAAGUUUUCCUCAGAGGAAAGGGAUCAGGCUGUUUAGAGCCUGCCUCUGGACGAGAGGCCUUUGAACCCAUGUACAUCUACAUCAGUCAUCCUAAACCAGAAGGACUAGCAGCAGCAAAAACUCUGUGUGAGAAUCUGCUUCAGACGGUCCAUGCAGAGUAUUCUCGCUUCCUCAAUCAAAUGAGUACCAUGAUGCCUACACAACAAGGAUUCACGCAGCCUCCAAUGGUGAACGGGAUGCCUCCGCAGCCUCCGUACUACCCUCCUGCUGGGUAUCAGCCGGGAUACCCCAUGCCCGUGCCCCCUCCACAGCCUCAACCUGUCCCUCCACCAUACAGUGUCGCGCCUCCCAUACCUCCAGCAGCAGGUGUACCCCCUCAGUACCCUCUUCCCCCUGCCCCUGCUCCAGCCCCGACCCCUGCCCCCACAUCUGCACCUCCACCCGUUCCUGCUCCAGGAACGAUGUCACAGACACUUCCUCCUGUACCUUUCCCUCCAUCAGCUGCACCACCCCCCAAAGCUCCGCCUCCUGCCGCUCCAGCCAACCCACCACAGAAAAGACGCUUCACAGAGGAGGUACCAGAUGAGAGGGACAGCGGCCUUCUUGGAUAUCAGCAUGGACCCAUUCAUAUGACUAAUUUAGGUGCAGGCUUCCCAGUGGGCAGCCCCGAGAUUACAGGACCCCCACCACCGAGUUCCUCUGGCCCACCGAGUGAGAGGGACAGUAGGCAGCUAAUGCCUCCACCACCUCUGCCUGUGAAUGGAGUGAGACCCAAGAUGGAGGAGAGAAGGGUACUGCAAGGCCCCGUGGAGCCUGUGGUAAAAAGAAUGAAAACAGGUUUGGUAGCAUACAGCGGCGAUUCCUCAGACGAAGAGGAAGACCACUCCAUCUCCAAAGCCUCAGGGCCAGGUAACCCUGGGGCAAUCCCCCCUACCUCCACCUCCUCAGGCUGGACACAGGGGUACCGCUGCCCCCCUCCACCACCCCCUCGUGCUAAAACACAGCCACAGCAGCAGUCUAUGCCCUUCUGGAUGGCACCCUAAAACAGGAAGAGGCUCAGUACAAACACAAAGCCCCUCAGUGAUUUGUCCUGCAGGAUGUUGACCUGAGCUUUUUUAUUUCCAGCCUUCAUCACUUGUUCAUCACAUGGACGACUUAACACUUUUAUGUUGGUCUCAGCAUUAUUUUAGUACUUGGGUCCAAAUGGAUAUUGUCGUUUCAAGGGACUCCUGUCAGUUUUUGUGCAGACAUGAUAGUUUGAAGAUGAACAUUUGCAGGCCUGAUACUCCAAACUAUUUUGUGAAUUUAUAGAUGGUCAUAUGACCAAUUUUUUGCCUACAAUUUUAUUUGGAAUGGAUGAUAACCCAUACCAGGUGAAGUGUUUGAAUAUAAUGUCUUUGUAGAAAAAAAAAUUUAAUGACAAGGCAAUGAACAUUUUUCAUAUUACAUAUUAGCUGCCACCCCCACCCCACCCC